AUGGCUCAACCAAGACCACCACACCCGCCUCAGAUCGACAUCAUGCUGUUGGGCUCACCAGGUGUUGGUAAGGCUCAGUUUCUCUCUCGUCUGCCCCACGUCCAGCAUCCCUCAGUAGGCAGGAGUGCGCGCCAGAAUCUAUCUCGCACGCAGGACUCACCAGCAACCUCUCGACAGCCGAACGACAGCCAGACCACUCUAGUGGCUUCGCCUUCAGAAUCUCAGGGAAGACUGCCCAAUGACAGCCAGACUACCCUGGUCACAACUGGCGCCGAGCAGUCCAACCCAACAGCUUCCGACAACGGCGAGAAUUCGCUUCUCCGGCCCUCACUGCAUACAACGGCGCUGCACGGUCCGCUGUCCUUUGAUGUUCUCCUCUUCGCUCGGCCUUACCGCAUUACCAUUCAUCCUUCAACCUCGCCUCUCUUCAUUGAUCCCUUCCCAGACUCACCAAAUCUCUUGAUACUCACCUAUGCGAUCCCUUCUCGAGCGUCUCUGCAUAAUGUCCAGAAUUACUGGAUGCCACAAUACCACCAGCACUAUCCAACUUCUUCAAUACCUGUUAUGCUCCUCGGGCUGCAGCGCGAUCUCCGUACAGCCAAAGUCAUCACAGAUGACGAGGGUAGAAAGCAAUACGAAUGCGUGAUGCCCGAAGAAGGACUCCAGGCCGCGCGAGAAAUGCGCCUGGAUCGAUAUGCAGAGUGCAGUGCCUUGACGGGUGAGCUCAUGUGGGAAGCGACCCAGGACAUCACCAAGAUGGCGGCACAAACCGCUUACGACACCGGAGACUAUGCAAGCGAGAUGUGCGUGGUAACAUGA